AUGGAAGAUAAGGUGAGAUUGAUCUAUGAGAGACUAAAGGAUGUGUCUGAUAAACAAAAGUCUUAUGUCGAUCUGAGACGUUGGGACAUUGAGUAUCAAGUUGGUGAUAAAGUUUUUCUUAAGGUUUCAGCUUCGACGAAGGUGUUGAGGUUCGGCCAGAAGGGCAAGCUAAGCCCGAGGUUAAUUGGUCCAUAUCAGGUUAUCGAGAGGAUAGGACCGGUAGCCUAUCAUCUUCAAUUUCUACCCAAGCUUGAGCGGAUCCACGAUGCUUUCCAUGUGUCGAUGUUGCGAAAGUACCGAUCAGAUCCAUCUCAUGUUGUGCCAGUUGAGGAGAUCGAGGUUCAAUCAAAUCUCACGUAUUAUGAGGAGCUAGUGGAAAUCUUAGCUCGUAAGGAUAAGGUCUUGCGUAAUAAGAUGAUUCUAUUGGUGAAUGUUUUGUGGCGUAAUCACAAGACUAAAGAAGCUACGUGGGAAAUUGAGGAUGUGAUGAGACAUCAAUAUCCGUAUCUACUUGAUUCAGGUCAAAAUUUCGAGGACGAAAUUUCUUUUUAG